GUCGGAGUACCUGCGUUUCUAUACCGCCCAUGCGCGCAAGAUUAAAAACACAUCGUCCUGCCCUGCGACACCUAGGAGUGGAAUCAUUACUGCUGCGUUCUGGUACCGUGAACGGUGAUGUCGCGUGCGCGUCUAAUCGUCCGGUUCGUGCUGCUGUCGUGGUGCUGUGGGUCGCGCGCGCGGACGAGCGGCUGUCCGGUCCUGUGUACCUGCGAGCAGGACGGUGUGUAUGUGAGGGUGGACUGCGCAGACCGAGGACUCACCUCACCACCGGUGGCUCUCAGCGCUUACACCACUUACCUCGAUCUGAGCAUGAACAACAUUACUCAGCUGCCCAGCAAUGCUUUCACCACUCUUCACUUUUUGGAGGAGCUGCGACUAGCAGGAAAUGAUUUGACGGACAUUCCUAAAGGAGCAUUUGAUGGUUUUGUCAAUCUCAAAACUUUAAUGCUUCAAAACAACCAGUUUCAGGAGGUCCCCAGGGAGGCCUUUAAGAGCCUGCCGAACCUUCAUUCCCUUCGAUUGGAUGCGAACCACAUCUCUAGCGUAUCUCAAGACUGUUUUGAUGGACUGUCCUCCUUGCGCCACUUGUGGUUGGAUGACAACGCUCUGACAGAGGUACCCGUUGAUGCCCUUCGUCCACUCUCUUCCCUGCAGGCCGUGACCUUCGCCCUCAACAAGAUCACCCACAUCCCGGACAAAGCGUUUGCCAAUCUUUCAAACCUGGUGGUUCUGCAUCUCAAUAACAACAGAGUGCUGUCCCUGGGAAAACAGAGCUUUGAUGGACUACGGAGCCUGGAGACUUUGGAUUUGAACUAUAACAGUCUGGAGGAGUUUCCUGUCGCUAUCAAAACCUUGAAGACUCUAAAGGAGUUGGGUUUUCACAACAACAACAUCAAGUCCAUCCCAGAACAUGCCUUCAUGGGAAACCCAUCUCUCCUUACAAUAUUCUUCUAUGACAACCCCAUUCAAUUUGUUGGUCAGUCUGCUUUCCAGCACUUGCCAGAACUCAGAACAUUGUCUUUAAAUGGAGCAUCAGAUAUCACACAGUUCCCAGAUCUCACAGGCACACAUAGUCUGGAAAGGCUCGCUAUCACAGGGGCAAGAAUCACAUCUCUACCUAGCACAGUGUGUGAACAGCUUCCCAAUCUGCAGAUGCUAGAUCUUUCAUACAAUCUAAUCCAAUCCCUGCCCAGUCUCCAAGGCUGCAAAAAGAUUCAGAAGAUUGAUCUCCAUCAUAACCAGAUCCGUGAACUGCGAGCAGAUACGUUUCAAGGUUUGCCUUUACUCAAGUCCAUUGGCCUGGCCUGGAAUAAGCUGUGUUCUGUGGAUCCACUUUCAUUCUCUGAGCUUCCAGCUCUCACCAAACUUGACCUGACAUCCAAUCAGCUCUUAUCUUUACCCGUGGUUGAGAUGCACAUGUUAACUCACCUGAAACUGGCUGGUAAUGUAGACCUGCAAGAGCUCAUUCCUGUUGAGAGAUUCCCCAGAUUGAGGGUGAUGGAAAUGCCAUAUGCAUUUCAGUGUUGUGCGUUUCUGACCUGUGAGGAACAUGCUAUUGGUUGGGAAAAAGAGAAGAACAGCAGCAUCGACGUGGGAAGGAAAGAUGGAGUUGUCUCUAACCCAGGAGACCAUGAAUUUGAGGAUAUUUUCCCAGAUCUUGAAGAUGACAGCGUGUCACACCUCUCAGUCCAGUGCUCCCCAACACCAGGCCCAUUCCAGCCAUGUCUUUAUCUGUUUGAGAGCUGGCUCAUCCGCUGUGGAGUUUGGAUCAUUGCCAUCAUGUCGCUGGUUGGUAACGCCGUGGUCAUGGUGUCCAUCUUUCUUUCUCCAACAUUUCUGUCUCCUGUGAAGCUACUGGUGGGCUUGCUAGCACUGGUCAACAGCCUGACAGGACUGUGCAGUGGAGUUAUGGCUCUUGUAGAUGCUCUCACCUUCGGCAGGUUUGCUACAUAUGGCGCUAACUGGGAAAGCAGUACAAGCUGCAAGCUCACCGGCUUCGUGUCGGUCUUUGCCUCAGAAACAAGUGUUUUUCUCUUGACUGUGGCAGCUGUGGAAAGAAGCUUUUCUGUGCAUAACGGCAAAGCGAUGCUGGAUUGUAGAGCAUCCAAAGCGAUGGCUAAGUUAGCAGUACCACUUUGCUUCAUCGCAGGCUUGGCUGUAACAUCAUUUCCUCUCCUGCAUGUCGGUGAGUACAACAUGUCAUCACUCUGCCUUCCUCUUGCCUCUUCGUCUGGAUUGGGCUCAAUGGUGGUUCAGGUACUGGUCAACUCCGCAUGCUACCUCAUCAUGACCGUCACCUACACGUGUCUGUACUGCAGCUUAGAGAAAGGAGAACACGACAAGCUCUGGGACUGCUCCAUGAUCCGUCACGUGGCCUGGCUUCUUUUUGCAAAUUGUGUCCUCUACUUCCCUGUGGCAUUUCUGUCAUUUUCUGCCCUGCUGAAGAUCGCCGCCGUGGGCCCAGACGUCAUCAAAUCGGUGCUUCUGGUAGUUGUGCCCUUACCUGCGUGUCUUAACCCAUUGCUGUAUGCGCUCUUCAACCCCCAUUUCAAAGAGGACCUGGGACUCCUGCUCAGACAUGCUCGACUGACGCUGCUCAGACACCAGCACCUCAGCCUGGCCUCGCUCGACUCAGACGAUGCCGAAAAGCAGUCCUGUGACUCCACUGCAGCUCUGGUCCCAUUUACCAGUUUAAACAAACAAACAACAUGUUUGGCCCAAAACACAGAGCCCCAUGAUCUUGCCACACACUGUUUGUGUACGUCUUAAAGACGUCUUUAAUUGACCUGUUAAAGAUUUGCCACACAGCCUAGUGCAUCAGACAACAUGGCCUAGUGUGAAGACAUCAGUGUGUGCGUUAAUUAAUGCACAAGCUCUGUGUGUGUAUGUGUGUGUGAGGUUGAGUGUACAUGAGGAGAAUACUGAUGCCUUAUGCUUUGUCCAGACUUUGGCAGGGUCUUAACCUUCAUUUAACUGUCAAAUGGAAAAAUCCCUGACUUUUUUUGCCAAGUUUCCUGCGUAACACAG